AUUUUUACUCGGAAAGUAAAGAAAAAUAUAAAACUUUAGUUGACCGCGCACAUAAGGGGACUGAGAAUGACGCGCAAGAAUGGCUUCAAUUUCCGCCAUGUUGGCUUCACUUUUUGAGCUCGAGUCAGACUUCCAUGUUAUAUAGUUCAGUGCUUGUUGGUUGUUUGUUUUGGCCAUACAAACUACGACAAUAAUACAAAGGUUUCCUUUUCCGAUUGACUCCAGCAUCUUUUGCUUUAAAUAUCAUGUUUUCUCAGAAGUAUUAUUUCAACUUUCAAGCUCAGUUUUAAUUUAUAGAUAAUAUUUUCGAAAAAAGCCGUAAGGGACCGUUCAUUAUUUAUGCCUGGGGUUGGUACCGAAGAUAUAUGGGUUGGGUAAUCAAUUUUUUGACUAGCUCAUGGGUUGGGUAAAAAAAAAUUAGCCUAUAUGCCAAAUAUAGUAAGUCCACAGUGGAUAUUAUGCUAAAACACACAAUCUGUCAAACAGCAUGAAGUUUAUAUUUCAACAAUUCGUAAUAUAUAUUAAUGUUUAACUCUAUUACCCAUACUUGCUCUAAGUCUCUCUCCCUGUCUUUGGGUUUUAUCCAGUACUGACCUAAGUAUUUACUGGAUAGAUCAUGAGAGAGACUAGGGCAAAUCUAUUAAAUCUCAACCUAUAUUACUUUAAAUGUUAACACAACGAGUAGUAAAAUUUCUGAGUAAAGUAUGCAGUUGCACUUAUCUAAGUUAUCAGUAUCUGUGUCCUCAGAAUCUGUGUUCUCACUCUCAUCACUGCUAUUAAUUUCCAGUUCUUCACUGAGUGCACCAAUAGAAUAUAAAUAUGCUAUGCUCUUCUUCUUUCCUUUGAUAUUUUCUAUUUUGGUGAUAUCAUUUGGACUGAUACUUUGGUGCUCUUAGUACCAAAUACAUUAGGGCAUAUCUCAUCAAUUUCUUCUUGAUUAAAAUUACUUUUUGACAACAAAGCUCUUGAACUUCGCAACAAUGAGAUUUUUCUUUUUUUCUUGUUCUUGCUUUUCUGUUCCUUCUGGCGUUUCUUUUGGCGUUUAACUUCAAAAUUUGACAAUGUGGCACUGCCAUAUUUCUUUUCAAGGAUUGAUGCUGCAUAACACAAUUCAUUCUCAUAAGAUAUCAACUUCUGUUGAAUCGGUGUUAUGGUUGCUAUGAAAUCAGUAAUGACAUUAUAUUCAUUGGCUGCCCAUUUAUGAACUUCCAUUUGGCUGUCAAAGAGUUGAACCUUUCGCUUUUGUAAUAACUCUAGAAUAUCCUCAGCUGUUUUUUGGUUGCAAUGAUAUGCUUUAGGGAUCUAUUUGCAAAGCUUACAUCUUUUAGGCUGCAAUCAAAUGGGGGAGUAAGGUACUGUCUAAAAAAGAUAUUUUCUUUUGGUAUGACACCUUCCUCAUAUGACCGUAUAACUGACUCCAAUUUGGUAAUAUUUUGUUUGACAUCCCAUCUGAACUGCCUUUGUCCAUUCAAAUAGGAAAUGAACUGGCUCUGUUUGGAAACAUAUGCAGAAUUAUAGAUUUCUUCAGUAAUGCUGUUAAAGUAUUUCAUUUUCUCUGUUUUGGCGUUUGGGUUAAGAAAGACUUUCCAUGGCUUGUCGUCUUUAAUACAUCCAAUCGUUUUCAGCUGAAACUUUCCACCAGAAAAUGCAAUUUCUGUGAAGAAGGGACAAAAUGCCGAAAAUUAAUAAAUUAUCAUAAUAAUAGUAUAAUACAUGCAUCAGUUUGGAAAUUUGCAAUUCAAAUUUUACCAGCAUUAUAAAAGACUAUACUUACGAGUUUGCAUUGGUUUCUUCUCUGUUGGUUUUCUCUCCUUUAAUACACUGUUGUUUGUAGAGCCAGUAGAGGGAUUCUGUAAAGCAUGUAUCGAUUUUUUAAGUUUCAGAAUAUGGCCUUUCAUGCCGAUUCCCAAUAUCUCGAUCAUAGAUUUUAACUCGUCCGUAUCCAUCGAAGUCAAUAAAUCUAAGUCGUCGUACCCAUUCGCAACAAACUGUUCAGAAUACUUUAGCAAACCAAUAGAUUUUAACCACAAAGAAAAUCUGUUUUCCAUAUCCGCAGCCAUUUUGAAAUUUGUAUUUUUUGCGCCCAGAGUAAAUACGCCGACCGUAAAAAAUUUCCCGUAAAAAUUCAAAUAAUCCCGCGAAAUUCGUGUGGUAUGUAGUCAUCGUAUGGUAGUGUGUAGUCGAAAGUCGAAACGAGAAUGAAACAUGGCAGCGUUGCUAGAUUUAUCAAGACGGAGAGGAAAAAACACUGCACGACAAGAAUUAAUUGUAAAUUCUAGAUAUUCAAAACGAGUUCUCAAAUCCCAACAAACUUGCAGCAUCAGAGAGAACCGGAGUAAACUUGAACGCCUUUUAGCUGAUGCCAAAAAGAAUAUCAGCAGUACUACAAAUAACAAGAAAAGGCAUCGCAUCAAUGGACUGCUUUCAGUAUGGGAUUUGUUGACUGCGGAUGCAAUUGGCACGGAUGGCAAGGAACACACGAUGAGUUUUCUACCAUUUAGUGAUGCCUUGGAAGCAUUUUUUGAUUGUUUUGAAGAUGUAGGACCACCUUAUUUGAAUACGGACAAGGACAAAUUUCAAUAUGCUCUUUUGCAUGAACAGUGGGGUCUCUGUGUAUAUAUCAUCACCCAUGAAGAAAGAAAUGGAAAAUUUAUCGUUUUACGACCAGAUGAAGUUGAUAUGGAGUUGUUUCUUGAUACCCUAUGUAAGAAAAUCGACGAAGAGCUUCCCUCCAGAAUUUACUUAGAUAAACCCUUUGUUCAAAAUCUCCUCAGAACAAUGGAUUCAGAGUGGGACAAACAAGUUGCCCGUGUGCUUUUAGGAGUGGAUAAAUCAAGAAAAGAACUUGAAGAUCUCGGUAUUGAUGGUGAGAAAAUUUCACGAAAUGUUAAAAAGGUUGGAAUCUACUUUUAUAUUAUGUCUCGAUCAAUUCCAAGAGUGACCAUCCCCCCCUGGCAUAUGUCGGGAAUUUGUCAUUUUGGCAAAAAAAACCGUUGCAAAUGCCCCACCAUAGGGUCAAAAUAAUGGUACAAAAUACCCACUGAUGCAAUUUAAAAUUAACACAAAUGCCCCACCCUAGGGACAAAUUAACAUACAGGUUUCUUGGUAGCCAGUGUUUAUAAUUAUAAAGUUCUACGAUUUGACAGCAACUUUUCUUCAAAAAUCAAAUAUUAUAUUCAUACAUUGUACAAUAAGUGACUAAGUCUUCCACUCAACAUCUUUGCCUUCGAAAUCUUUCAUCGUGGUCGCCAUGUUUGAAAACGCGCGAAUGCCUGAUGGCCACUGAUCUAAAUCACUGGUUUUCGGACGCUGAUUGGCUAAGAUCGAUUCAGAACUGCGAGAAUUAAACAUUAAUUACAAAGGUUCCGAGCCCGCGAUGAAUAUAUGAACAAUAUUAAAACAAUGCUUCGGUUUUUUGUCAUUUAUUUUCAACUUUUAACACUGGAAAUGUACUAAAUGUUUACUGAAUGUGUACUACAACGAUAUUAAUAGGAAAUUACACUUGUUCUCGAAGUAUUAAUGAAAAAUUGCAUUUGUGUUUGGCGAAAUCGCACUCGCGGUAUUCCGCCAAACACGCGUGCAAUUUUUCAUUAAUACUUCUCGAACCGUGUAAUUUCCUAUACAAACCUAUCUUAUUAUAUAAAUAAAGUUGCUAGCUGCAGUAUUUGUGGCAUUCUAUAAAUGAGAAUAUCUGCAGAUGAACUAACCAGCUGCAUAACAGAAGAUUUUAAAGCAACAUUUUAUAUAGCUACAUUUGUGUACUGUAGGUUGUAAGUUCCAUAGAUGAAAUGACAUCUGCGAAUGAAGCGGCUUCUGAACUUGUAAAGCAACAUUUGAAUGAAAAGAAGGAUAGUUUGAAAAAGCAGCUGCACCAGAAGCAAAAGUUAAUUGAGCUAAAGAAAGGCAUUUGGCCUUCCUAUAUCAUUGAUGACAUGGAAUCUGAAAGUAAUCAACUACAAGAGAGAAUCUGUGAUAUUGACAACUUGUGUAACUCUGAGGAUGCAAAGAACAGGCAACGUUUUCAGCAGAUGAGAAAACGAAAAGCCACCCAGCUUAUUGAACAGCAACAUAUAAAACGCAGAAAAAUUGGUGAACAAGGGGCUCCAAGAAAAUUAGAUGACGAAGAUGAAGAGUUUUUAGCGAAAUGUGUUGAAGACAAGGCUACCUACCAUGGAAGACGCCAGAACUUAGUCAUGUAUACCAACCGUAGGGUUAAGUCCCGGGAUCUUCUGAAUAUUGCGAAUCACAGGCUUCAGAAAGCAGGAAAAAAAUUAAUAAAAUCUGCUUCUACUGUAUACAAUCGGUGCAAACCAAAAAAUUCACGGUCAAUUCAAGCAUCUCGACACAUUGGCAAAGGAUUAAUGUGCUUCAAGAAGCCACCUAAGGCAGAGGACAAGGAUAAUGAAAACACUCAUUACCAGAGAGCACAUGUAAAAAACAUUAAAAUGUCCAUGUUUUCAGAAGAGUCAGGAGAGGCAAAAGAUUAUUCCCUUUUGCAUAGUAUAGACGACAAAGCAUAUAUUCGCCCCGGCACAAGCGAAGGCUUUUCAAGUGCACGUAACCAAAGGAUUUUGACACUGUCAGAUGCAACCAAAGCUAAGAAAUUGCCUAAAUAUGAUUGGCCUGAAAAGUAUGUGUAUCAAACUCCUGGUUCACACAAAGUAAUGACAAAGGAAAGUGUGAAGGAUAAAGAUGGUUGUGAGAAGCUCAUAAAUGCCGUUGAUCACCACACAGUAUUUGUAAGACCAAAAGCUCUCGUUGGAUCAUCCGGCACAGUCUGGGCCAGUGAAAUGGUUGAGUUACGACAAGAAAACCCGAGAAUAUUUCAAGUGGAUGAAGACAAACUAGAGUCAGCAAAAUACACAGAAUCAUUCACCUCUUGCUGUUCAAUGAUCCAUGACUAUUCGUACCAGUAUUAUGAUAUGACAACUGAUGAAGACCUUGAAAAGCUGAUGAAUGAUGCGGAUAAUGCGACACAACGCUACGCGGAAUAUGAGCAUCAACGAUUAAGAAGAUUAAAUGAUAAGCUAAAGUCCACACUUGAUAAAGUUCAAGAGAUGGAGAAUGACUUUGCUGUCCAAGAAAAAGCCCUUUUUGAUGCAAGGAUAAGACCAGCAGUGAAAAACAUACUAAGUAAAUUUGAUGACAUCUCAGAAGACAUAAACAUUCCACCUUUGAAAGAGCUCUGCCUGCAACAGAAGGAAUUGUGUUUAACCGUGCUACAUAUUAUUGAGGACUGUGAAUUUCCCCCGGUAAAACCAAGAGUAGCUUAUUUAACUGAUGCAGGGCCAGGUGUUGGUGUAUCAAACUUUGAAGUUAAAUUUCGCGAUGCAGAAUUGGCAAGAAUGUACAGUUCUGAUUAUAGGGUGCGCGUGCACAGGUCAAGAGGUGAUAGUGGCCAGGGGGAAGCGGAGAGGACAAAUUCAGCUAUAGCGGAUUCAAUCGUCGAUGGGGCCACUAUCGAAUGGGAGACAAUUAAGAGAUAUGAUGACAUGACUGAUGAAGAGGUGUCCAUGAUGUCUGUUAAAGAAUUUGAAGAUUAUGAAAAGGAGCGAAUGGCAAAAAAUGCAUGGAUUGUCGCCAGUGAAUUGGUAAAGAGAAUUGAUGGUGCACCUGUUCUCGGUGAAUACAUAAAUGCCAAAUUAUCAGUUACAGUGGAUCAAUUAUUUUUCUUCAAUAAAGAUUUGCUCAUGGAAUACCAGAGGAGAAAAAGAAACAGAGGAGAAAAAGAAAGCAGUACCAGGUUCUGGGUAUAUAGAGAAAAUCCUACUAUUUUUGAAGCAACAUUAUCGUGUGGGAGAACUGUUUAUGGAAUAUAUUAAACAUGCUUGUACGAAGGAGAAAGAUUCCACCUGUGAAUAUUGUGCCUCGCAUGCAUGGAUUGGUCCACCUGCAGAACGUAUCCCUCAACCUAAACCAGAUGAAAGCAACCCUGGGCAUUACAUGCCAGUUUCAGUUACUCCAUUACAUGACAGCGAUGGUAACAUGAGAGAGGUAGAUGAUUACCAGCCUCGCGUAUUCGUCACAUCUUUAUUCAAUAAAGGAGAGAUUUCAUUGGAUGACAAGGAAGUCAUUGAAGAAACUGCUACAAAACUUGCUAUUGAUGAAGCGUGUGUUAUUUCUUGCGUAGAUCACUUGAAGGACUUGUCAAUAAAUAAAGAGAGAAGACAACGUACAAAGGCGGUGAACAAAGAAAGAAAAAUAAAUGCAAAGUACGAGGAUUAUGACUGGCUUGAACUAGUUAUCUCUGGCAAGAUUAACGGAUUGUUAGUCCUGGAGCUGGACAGAUACCUGGACAGACAUAACUUACAUAAGAAGUGCAGCAAGAAAGACAAAGUUAGGGCAGUUACUGCUGACAUACUAAGAAGACAGGCAAAUGACAAUAUAAAUAGAGCAAUCGAAGAAUCGAGACAGCAUAAUGAAGAAAUCCCAGAUGUGCAAGACAGGGAAAAUGACAUUACAAACAGUGAUGACGACGUCGAUGGUGAUAGUGACAAUGACCUUGUCUUUUAUGACUUCGACGAUGAAAGUAACGAGGAAAUUCAGGAACAAGACAAUAUUUUCAAUGACAAUCUAGUGGUAGCCACAAGGUCCGGUCGGCAAGCUGGCUCAUGGAGACUUGCAUUUAUGGAAUAA